GCCGCUCCUGCGGGCGGCGGGGCGGGGGCGGCGCCUGUUGGGCUCCCGGCGGCCACCGGCGCGAGUGCUCAGCUCGGCGGGGACGGCCGGGAGCCGGGGAGGGCCCGGCAGCCGCAUUAUGAGUCGAAUCCUGGAUAUAGACAUAUUCAUCGUAUAGAAGAGUAAGACUCUUCUCUAUUCUCAAGACUCUGGCGUUUUUUCCUUCCAAACUCAGAGCCUAGUGAUUUAAAGAGGUGCUGCUGCACUGAAGCAAAACCUCAGCUGCAGUGGAGCUGGACUGGUAGAAGCACAGAGGAGCCCAGAAAAUGAAGCUAAAGGAGAUUGAGCGAACAGCUGUCCAGGCAUGGAGUCCAGCAAACAACCACCCCAUUUAUCUAGCAACAGGAACAUCUGCCCAGCAACUGGAUGCAUCCUUCAGUACAAAUGCCACCUUGGAAAUAUUUGAGGUUGAUUUCCGGGAUCCCUCCCUGGACAUGAAGCAGAAAGGAACACUUCCUGCCUCAAACAGGUUCCAUAAGCUGAUCUGGGGUAACUUUGGAAAUGGGUCCCCAGAGUCCUCUGGAGUGAUCAUUGGCGGAGGCGAUAAUGGGGUACUGACAAUGUACAGUGCACAUCGGAUCUUGGCUUCGAAGAGCGAGCCUGUAAUUGGGCAGACAGAGAAGCAUUCAGGGCCUGUUCGAGCUCUUGACUUUAACCCUUUUCAGAAUAAUCUCUUGGCUUCUGGAGCCAAUGAUUCUGAAAUUUUCAUCUGGGACUUGAAUAACUUCAGCGUGCCUAUGACUCCAGGGGCUAAAUCACAGCCUCAUGAAGACAUCAGUGUGGUGUCCUGGAAUCGACAAGUGCAGCAUAUCCUGUCCUCUGCUCACCCCAGUGGCAAGGCCGUGGUUUGGGACCUCAGGAAGAAUGAGCCUAUCAUCAAAGUCAGUGACCACAGCAACAGAAUGCAUUGCUCAGGAAUGGCCUGGCACCCAGAAGUUGCAACCCAGCUAGUCCUUUCCUCUGAGGACGACCGCUUGCCAGUGAUCCAAAUAUGGGACUUACGUUUUGCUACCUCGCCUCUGAGCCAGCUGGAAGGGCACGCUAGGGGAGUUCUGUCCGUCUCUUGGUGCCAGGCUGACCCUGAAUUGCUGUUGAGCAGUGCCAAAGACAACCGGAUCUUGUGCUGGAACCCCAGUACAGGGGAGAUGGUUUAUGAGUUACCUAUUCAGAGUCAGUGGUGCUUUGAUGUCCAGUGGUGUCCUAGGAAUCCUUCAAUCUUCUCUGCUGCCACUUUUGAUGGAUGGAUCAACAUUUAUUCUGUUAUGGGUGGGAGCUUAGAAGCUCAGCAGAAGACACAGGCUGACAAGAUCUCUUCCUCCUUCAACAACCUGGAUCCCUUUGGCACAGGACAGAUCCUUCCUCCUUUGCAGGUGCCUGAGCAAGUAGCUCAGACCACUUUGAUUCCACCAUUAAAAAAGCCACCAAAGUGGAUUCGCAGACCUGUGGGUGUUUCAUUUGCAUUUGGAGGAAAACUGAUUACCUUUGGUCUUACCAAAGCUCCUGGGCAGCAAAUGCAGCAGACUUACCCACACCAGGUUUUCAUCAGUCAAGUCACUACUGAAACUGAAUUCCUGCUCCGAUCCAGAGAACUGCAGAUGGCUCUGCAGUCAGGAAAUCUCCUUGAUUACUGCAAGGGCAAGAUCCAGACAGCAAAGUUGCAGUUUGAUGAGAACCUAUGGAACUUCUUGAAGGUGAACCUGGAGCAGGAAUCCAGGACUAAACUCCUCAAGCUGCUGGGCUACAGUAAAGAGGAUCUGCAAAAAAAGAUCGCCUCAUGUUUGAGCAAUGGGAUCCCAGAAAAACAGCCCCUUCCUGAGGCCGAUGAGGCAAACACUGCACAGUCAGAUCAGCUUUUGAUAAAUACCGGUGAUGAUGUAGCUGCUGUUUCCUCCUCUUCAGCCUUUUUUGACAACCUCAUCCCACAGAAUAUGAGCGCAUUGGAGAUUCCUGUCACAGAAGAUACAGAUGGACUCAUCAGCCAAGCUCUUUUGUUGGGGAACUUUGAGGGUGCGGUUGAGCUGUGCAUGCGGGCAGAGCGCUUUGCUGACGCCAUCAUCUUAGCUAUAGCUGGUGGGGAGAACCUCCUAAAGGAGACCCAGAAGCGCUAUUUUGCCAAGCGGAAGACAAAACUCUCCCUGCUGCUGUCCUCCAUUGUGCAGCAGAAGUGGCAAGAUAUCGUUUGCACGUGUGAUCUACAGAGCUGGAAGGAGGCACUGGCCAUCUUGUUAACAUACGCAAAGCAUGAGGACUAUACCCAGCUCUGUGACAUGCUGGGUGCCCGCCUAGAGUCAGAGGGAGAUGCAGCCCUGUCCAAUGAUGCCUGCCUCUGCUAUAUCUCAUCAGGAAAUGUGGAGAGGUUGGUGGAAUGCUGGGUAAAAAACCAUGAGACUUCGUCACCCCUUGCCCUGCAGGAUCUCGUGGAGAAGGUGAUGGUGCUGAGCAGGUCCAUUGAGAUGCUCCGAGGCACAGCAGGACCAGCGCCAGGCCCUGUCUUGGCAGAGCGAAUCACCCAGUAUGCAAGUCUUCUGGCGUCACAAGGAUGCUUGGCAGCCGCAAUGGAUUACCUACCCAACAGCUCUAAAGAGCUCCUGAUCGAACAGCUCCGAGACCGUCUCUUCCACGCUCAAGGAGGGAAUGUGGGUGAUCAGCAGCCACCCCCUUUCCCCUACACUCGUGUCAAUGUAGGUGUCAUUAAACAAACAUCUCCAGCAGCCAAGAGGGGUUCCACCCCUGAAGGAGUGGCCCGCAAAACAGGUCCCAAACAUCCAGAGAAGCCCAGCUAUCAGUCACUUACCCCUUCGGCACCUCCUCAGCCUUCAGUGCCUUCCCUCUUCGCGCCUCAGCCAGUGCCAGCGUUGUCCGUGACACCUCAUCAUGCUGCCGCCCCCCAGGCCAGCGCUGGUCUGCAAACAGGAGUCUAUUCCAGAGGGCCCCCGUACCCACAGUACAACUUGGGCAUGGUUCCAGCGACAGCUUCAGGGCCAGCUCUGUCACAGUCUCAGCCAUACAGCCCAGCGGCAGCCAGACCUGGUGGUCCUGUUUCCUUCCCCAGCCAGCCUCCUCUGUCAGGACAGUCCAUGCCCAUGACACCUCCUGGUGUUCUACCACCUGGACCUGCCCUCUUCACUCCAGCCUCGGUCCCAUCGUCUCAGCUUCCUGCAGCUUCUCCUUUCCCUGUGGCAAGCCAGUCUCCUCUAGGUUUCUCUUCAGCACCGUUCAGCUGCCCCAUGAACAUGGGUUACCCUCAGGGUGGUCCUGGAGCUCCAUCUACUAAGCCCCUGCCAGCAGCCAGCCUUCCUCCUCCUCCCACAGGUUUCUUCCCUUGGCUAGAUCCCCGCAUGGAUCAUGCAGCUCAGGAAUCUUGGACCGAUCCAUCUGUAAGAGGAGGCCUUCAGAAGAAAAAGUUGCCUGAGAAAUUUACUCCUCCAGCCCCCAUCACAGCUCCAGUAAUGAGCCUUCCCACUGAGCCCCAAGGGAUCCAUCCUUCGCUCUCCAGGUUGCAGGAAUCUGGCCAGUCACCUCCAGGAGCACCGAAGGAAGGCAGCCUGCAGUAUCACCAGCUACCUGCGGAGAGAGUUGAGAGGAAGGAGUUGCCUCCUGAGCACCAGGGACUGAAGACCACCUUUGAAGGGCUGGUGCAACGCUGCUCGGCUGUUGCCACUGAUCCAAAAACUCGAAGAAAGCUGGAGGAUGCAUUGCAGCGGCUGGAGACUUUGUACGAGAAGCUCCGCGAGCAGGCGCUCUCUCCAACCAUCCUCAUGGGUCUCCAUGAGAUUGCCCACUGCAUUGAAGCUAGGAACUACCAACAGGGUCUCCUGGUUCACACCCAGGUGGUGAGCAGCAGCAGUUUCAGUGAGGUGUCUGGUUUCAUGCCCAUCCUGAAAGUCCUCAUGACCAUUGCUGGCAAGCUGAAUGUAUAAGGUGCGAAGCAGCUGGUGCAGUGCACAAUGAGAGCUGGUGGACUCCCUCACCUGUCGAUGUGCUGCAGGUUGUGGACUCUCCUUCUGACUCUGGAGAAAUAAGUCUGUGCCAGCGCCUGGAACUGUGCUGAGCCAGCAUGCCUGGCCCCAUUUGCUCUCCAGACAGCCCACUGGACUGUGGGUCUCCUGGAGGCUGUUCUCUCCCUGCUAUUCCCCCAAAGCUACUUUCCAACCCAGGGCUCUCAAUUUCAGGUUUUCCAGGUUACACAGAUUCCCCCCAGAACUGCUCUGUGUAGUCUCCUCUUCCCUGUUCCCCCAGCACGAAGGGGAAACUUCCUCCUUCCCAGGUUGGCGCUGCUUUUCAAUAAGAAACAAACAGGGCUGGCAACCUCGGGCUCUAUUCCCUGCUGCCUCAGUGACAGCUGGGCUCCCUUGGGACAUAAGCUGUGGUGUCCCUGCUCCAUUGGGCUGCAGUCAGGAUCUCUCCUCUGGUUCCUCCUUUAACUUCAUUCUAAUCUUUGACUUACCUCUUGCCCCUCUGUUCCCAUACCUGCUACAACUACGGCUUACUACAAGCCUGCUCUGGGCUAGCUUUGGUUCUCUCUUUCUUCUUCACCCAGCCCUCUCUUCUAGAGGGUAAACAGGAAACCCAACUGUCCCCACACUAUCCAGUAUCCCUUUUCCCCCCUUAAGCUGUAGGCUUGAGCCUUUGUUUCAGACCCAGGACUGGUUUCACCCUUCCAGCUCCUGGGACUCCCAUUCAGGAAUGCUGACAAGUUGGGCUGCCCUGUGUGCUCCUCCCCUGAGCCAGCAGCAUUGUGUGUCUGGGCUAAAAGCUGCACUGGCUGGCUGGCCUUUUUCACUUCCUUUAUGCUGGCACGGUUGGCUUGUUGCCAGCUGGUGUUAUCUAAAGGCUUCCUACAUUGGGAUUUCUGGGCAGUCUAAGGGCUUUAGAAGCAGCAGGGGUUGUACAGGUCCCUUUAAGUAUCCCCUUGAGCUACUCAGACUGACCCAAAUGCAAGCAGGAGGAGACAGCUCGUUGUUCCAAGCGUGGUGUGUUCAUUCUGCCUCUGGCAAUGGGUAUUUGUGAAGGUUGUUCUCAAAGGCCUCUUGGCACCAUGCUGGUAGAAAUGUGCUGCAGGAGGAGGCAUUGUCAGGUCCCAAGGACGUGGCUGUACUGAAGCUUCUCCUCACUGUGGCAUUUCCUCUGGGGGUAAAAUAAAUGAAUGAAGCAUAUCUGUCCUGCAGAAGAAAUCUGGGAAGGUAGAUGGAAUUUUAGGGCACAUUUGUGUCUUUCCCUCUGUUCCUCCUCCCUUGUCUUCCUCUCUCAUCCUCUUUCAUGCUAGCUGGGCAGCGCAAUCCUUGGACCCUAGAUGGGAGCGAGGCUUCUUCCCAAUGUUUGGCUGCAGCCAGCCCCUGCUUUCCUCUGCUUGCUGCUUGAGUGGUAAUGCCAUCGUGGGUCUGUGGUUCAGUGACUUACACGGAUCAGCCUGCUCUACCAUGGGACUUAGGAGGGAGGGGAAUCAGAGAAGGGAGGGAGAGGAUAUGUCUCAUCCUCUCCUUUCCAGGUCAAAGUGCCUCCUUGUUGCUGCUGUGUUCUGUUUCUAUUGCUGCACUUUGAUGCACUGAGAGAUUACAGAACAGUGAAAUAAAAGCUGUGUUUUGUGA